CACGGAUGACAUUCACCACUAACGAGCAUCUCUACGCUGACUAUCCGAAGUAAUAUCCUAAUACAACGCUCAUCCCAGUGCAAUUAGUUAAUGGCCGUCCUCUAUGAGUUCCUCGCGAAAGAACAAACGUGAUUUGACCUCGCGGACCGUUGAUUUCCUCAACCGCGUCAACAGCGUCAAGGACAACACCGACGCGGACGCCCAAUCCAGAAGCAAACCGCGCGUUCGGCGUUUAGCAUCGCAGCCUAUCAACCGAUUUGGUAGCAGGACGCCGCAAAUCCCGCAGGGCAAUGCUAUUUGGGAUAUUCCGUCGGACUUUUCGGAGGAGGAGACACGACCAAGACGCAAUGCACAGACCGAGCCCCGUUCUCUGAGACGAUCCCAACGAGCUCGAAAGUCAGUUCAAGUGGAGGAUACGCCCACCCGGGCGUCGAGGAGAUUGGCGCGUGUCAUUGAGGAUAGGCAUGAGCAAAGUAGCGAGGAAGAUGAUUCCGAAAUGGAGGAAUUGGAUAAAAUCAUUGAUAAGCAGUUGGGUGGCGCGAGGCUCAUCCAGUCGGUGAACGAGAACAGAAGCACAGACAUGAACCAUGGAUCCAGCCGUGAAGAAAGGGGCCAACAAGAAGAGGGAAGCGACAGGGCCGCGGAGGAACCUGUGGAAUCUACCUCACCGUCGAAAAAGCUCAGAAUUCAGAAAUCUAAGACGACGGACGCGCAGGAAGCCCAAGAGGACGACCCGGAAUGGGCGGCCGAUACAGCAGCAAGCGAAGAGUUGGGAGAAGAGGAAGACGAUGAGAGAGGAUGGGACACUCACAGGCCGCCAGAGUCUACACAUAUCAUCCAGACUCGAAGAUUGACUCAGGAGCUGGCCUCACCACGAGCGACACGGAGACAUACCCUUGCGGCUCCAGCACCUGAGACAGAGGUGGACAAAUCCUCAAGAAGGCUGAACAGAAGGUCGCUGCCGGCGCAGAAUGGUUUAGGAACGGGAAAGACUACUCGAGAAAAGCAAGGGGAUAGAACCGCACAGCUAUCAGAGGUAUCUGAGUCUGUGCAAGAGGAGUCUGAAUCAGAAAGCUCGUAUGAACCGGAGGCAGAGGAAGAGGAAGAGGACGACGAGGAAGAUGGGGCGAGUCGACAUGUACCCGACACGCAGCGGGAGGAACCGUCUAUCACCGCGCGACCAAGCAAGAGACGCCGUACCGAUCAGUAUCAGCGCAACCCCCAAGUCGAGAUCUUGCGCACACAGCCAGCGCAGCCGCCAGUGCAUUCAUAUCCGUCGACUCCUGAUGACAAUGAGAGUCGCAGGAGCCCGCGUCAUCCCUCGCAAAGUCCCGCUGUUGCUGCAGGACCCAUCAACGCGAUCCCAGAUGAUGCACAAAACGAAGCUUUGAUGAGAAGUGUGAGAGACAAUGCGGGAGAUAAAGCGUGGUUUGCGGAGGCUUCCAACCUUGGACAACAAAAAGAGAACUGGGAUGUUAUAGUGACAGCAGCAUCGGAGUUGAGAGAAAAUAUAGACCCCUCUCGAGCCGAGGCCUUCGGGAUAAUCGACAAACAAUUAUUUCAGCUACGUACACGAUAUACAAAGAUCAAUAAGAAACUCAAAUCUCAACAGGGGCCUCUCCGAGAGGAUCUGCGUGAGUGCGAAGACCUUCGCGAGGCCAUCUUGGAAGAAGGGACCAGGAUCCUUGACAGCGUCUACUAUCUGUCUCUCCGACAGGCAGAGUCGCAUGAGCUGCUGAAACAGGCGCAUCGGCUUGUUAAGCAGUUUGAAGCCCGGGUCUUUUCCACGAUGAUCAAAGUGAUCCUUCUUUGCUUUGAAGGAUACUACGCCAACCGGAAACUCUUUCCGUCGGCUUAUAGACAUCUUGCCGGGGCGAUGAAGCUCCUUCUACGAUUCUGCGACCGGAUUGCCAGCCUGCGCACCGAGCGAUAUAUACGGUGCAAGGUACACAGUCGAACCAUCCGCAAGCCGCUUCAAAAGUUGAUCAAGGCGGCGGAAGGCAACUUGCUGCAACGACGCCUGAAUGAGACUGACGGGGCUACCAGCGGUGACAAGAAGAGGGAAUGGACAGAGGAUGAGAAAAUUGCUCUGCUCGAUGGAUUGAAGCUGUUUCUGGGUCAGGACCGCUACAUUCGCAUGGUCUGCCAUUUUGGACAGAGACUGCGACACCGAAGUCUACAGGAGCUUCAGACGAAAGCUCGAGAGAUUCAUGACCGGUUUAUCCCUCGAAUUCAGGAGGAGCUCAAGACGGUAGAAGGCCGUCGACAGUGGCAAUGGUUAUUGAGUGUGAACGACGGUCAGCGUCCGGUGUCUGUGGAUUGAUUAUGAUUAUUCUCUUGUCUGUGUCUUUUUUUGCCUUUCGAUACCCCUUUUUGUUAUGUAGAUAUAGUUUCCACUCUCUCGGACCCAUGGAUCAUCCAGUCGACCGAUCCACAGAUUUAUUAUUUGUUUUGUUUUGGUGCGGUCGGGCGCGUAGCAACAGAAGGAAGAUGUUCGACACGACCAUGAUGCUCUACAGCAGACAAUCAUCUAGGAACAAUAAAUACUAAUGAUAU